AGCGGUGAGGCGUUUGUUGUUGUUGGUCGCAGAGAGCUGCGCUGCAGCCUUUUGGAUACUUAAAACUUGUGUUAGAGGAAAUAUUAUACUCGUAAGAAGGACUAACAAUGUCAUUUUCAAGAGCCCCUUUGAAAAGGUUUAACGAGCACAUAGGUAAGUGUCUUUCUGUAAGUUGAAGCUUGUUGAAUAUUUGAAACCUAGCCUCUAAGCCUUUAACGGUAGCCCAGCUUAGCUUAUCCGUAGCUAGUUUAGCACAUUUUACUAUAGCAUGAAAAUCAGCAGGACACCUCUGUAACUUCAUUUAAGCUUAUGAAGUCAUUUAGCGGCAGUUACGGAAGUUGAGACCAACUAAAGAGUAGCAUGAAUCUUUGCUGACACUGUGCUGUUGACUGAAGGUUGUGCCCCUGCCCCGGGAUCCUAUGAAGUCAAACCCGGGGACCCGAAGGGAGCUGCCUCCUUCGACAAGUCCGAUCGGUUCAAACUUGUGAAGGCAGGUAUGUAACUCCGAGAAGCACGGUGCUCUAAGUAGAGACACCUACAUGCAUUAUAUUCAAGAAGAUAUUUCGUGACACUUCUUUUCCUUGUCUCAUACUUAGCUGCCCUGCCACCCCCAUCACCCUCCAGAGCUCUGGUGUCCCCCGUUCGCAGGACCAUGUCAGUUGAUGGUCUUGUAAGUUUUGCAGCCUUUUAUACUGCCAUUGAGAGGUCUCCUCAACAUUAUAUCUUGUAUUCUUCCAGCUGUUCCUCACAUAAAAUUAACCCUCUUUCUGGCUUGUGAAAAUCUAGGUUGAAGGUUCAAGCGUCAAGAAAGAGAAGAUGACUUUGGAAAGGAAACAACAGAAACUCUUGGAGAAAGAGGUACACCCAAAUAAAAGAACAUUUGUGCUUUAGAUUUCCACAAGAAUUAUGUUUAAGUUUGUAUCACCAUCACGGAUCAUUUAACCAUUGAUUAGCCAUUGACAAAAUAUAUCAAGAAUGCCUUUAUUCCUAUUACUACAGAUGUCAAAGUUAUAACAUCAGCAUUUAUUGCCCGCAGAUAAGAUCCCUGGUUCAACAGCGAGGAGAGCAAGAUCGUCGCUUGCUGGCUCUAGAAGAAGAGUUGAAGAAAGUGGAGGCUAAGCUGCUGGCUGCAGUCAGAGAGAAGACCGGUCUUGCUGCCAAUGUUACCACACUUGAGAGACAGCGAGCUGAGCUCAAAAAAGUCAAUGAGUUCCUAAAAAACAAGGUGUGCUUGACUUGGCUGUGAGACGAUUCUUGAUUUUGUCUGUAAACUGACUAUGAAUGGAUAUAAUUUCACUUAGUGCAUCCAGUCCUAUCAUUACUUCAUGUUAAGUUUGUCUAUUUUUCCAGGUGUCAGCUGACACUACAAAAAAGAGAAUACAUUCACUCUCGAUGGAGUUAAUGGAGGCCAGAAACACUUUGGAUGCAAAGAACAAGGUACAAUGUGUGAGAAUACCUUUAUCUGAUAUGAAAAACUCUUCAGGGGGAGCUGAGCUAAACAUUUGAUGAGAAUUUUAAGCUCAUUGUCAGCAGCAGUAAAAGCCAAUUCCUCUGUUUGCAUGUGCAGGAGUUAAGCGUGCUGCAUAUUAACACUGAAGGCCAGCUGAAAGUGCUUGAAAGUGACCUUCAUGCUGCCAGAGCUACUGUCAGUGCACUGAAGGACAGGAAUAAAGACCUGGGUAAGAUUCAUCUGAUGCAAAUAUUGCUACCAGUCUGUAUUGUUAGAUGCACUGUUUAGUGAGGCUAAAGUUAAAGCUUAGUUAGACAACUUAAUUUGACUGCUGUCCUUGACCCAGUGAGCUAGUACCAGGUGAGAAUCAAGUUUUUCAGCAAUGAGUGAAAUCAUUUAUGAUCAGCAACAUUGAAUCAACCACAGCUGAGCUGGUUUUUAUUUUAUUUUCUUCAGAGGAUCUUCAUCAAGUGACCAAAACCCAGAAUGAGGAGCUGGAGAACGAGAAUGCCAAGCUACAUUGUGAGUUCUUUGUACGAAUAGAUUUGAUGAUAACAGCACUUACCGUCACUUCUGACUGUCUGUGUCAUGGCCAAGCCGUGUUCAUACAGGACUAGAAUUGCCCUGGGAUUUCAGGUGACUGAGAUAUUGUGUUUAAGAUUCAUGGGCUUUACGCUGCUUUUGAAUGAAGUGAUAAAGUUCAUACUGGAAUGUUUAUGUCAUGAAUAAUGUCAAGGAUAGAUUUCACCUUUCUCAUUCAUGUGAAGUUAUUUUUUUGUGAAUCAUCUUUUUAAUUGUUUAGCUUGUUGAAUCCUCUCAAUCAGUAGCCAAAAAUAGACAGAUUUUCUUUAAUUAUUGCAAAUUCUGUUAUGGUUUCAGAAAUGGCUGAUAUCAACACAUGGUUUCUGGGCCAGAUGAGAGAUGGUCAUUUAGUUGCAGUAAAAUUUGUCCUUUACAAAUAACAGAACUUGCAAAUUAACAGCCUUAGGGUGACAGAUGCCCUUCACUAUCACAACUUUCCAUAGGUUCCAAAUAGGGGCAGGCAUUUUAAGCAAAAAACCUAUUGGCUGGACGCUAGGAUUGGUGACCAACAUGUCUACAUCGUUUGGUAGACAUGCUAGUUUUGAAUUCAUAUAUAAUGAUGAUUUAGAUGUGCCAGUUUUACCCCACAAAGUUUGCAGUUGACCUCCUUUUUUUUUUACGUCAAACAAGUUCUACACAGUACUCUUCAACAGUUUUCAAAGUCAGCAUUUUUUUUUUUUUACCUCAAAGUCUCACAGUGCCACACCUGUUUUACAGACAACUGGCACUUCUGUUAUUUUGCUUUUAUAAUUUAAUGGCAGUUGGAGAAAAGUUUUAGUUGUGCUACAGCCACUAUAUGGAGGUUUUACCUACCGGUGACACUGCAGGAAAAAAGUGAAAUAAAUACUGAAAUGGAUUUUAGAGUCACAUUGGAUAUUUUCUUUUAAGUAAAAUGUUUGAAAAUCGUGACCAAUCUCUGGUCCUGGAUAAUUAAAGGGUUAUUGAAAAGAGUUUAGAUGAACGUACAGUAUAUCCAUAUUAUUGGAGGAACUUUAAAGGGUCCUGUGUUCAUGAUUGUGUUUGUUUUUUUUGUUUUUCCCAGCUGUGAUACGGGAACUGAGGGAAGAAAUUAGAGUCUUGCAGGGAUACUUGGAUUCGGCUAAUGAUGAGAUCCAGGUAUAGACUCAGACCUCUAACAUCUUACAGAAAGUGACACCUUUGUUUUUUUUCUUAUUUGUCUUACUCUGAAAGUCACGCUUGACCUGCUUGUAUGUUUUUGUAGGAUCUUCGCUUGAAGAUCAAAGAGCAGACAGAGGAGAACAUGGUUGCUGGUUCCCAGGUGGAGAAAUUCCAGUAAGCAAAUUCCAUUUUGCUCCAUCAAACAAAGAAAAUUUCACCAUUAGAGCACUAAACUAUAUAUUUUUUUUACUGUCUUUCAACAGACAACUGGGGACUGAACUAGAGCAGCGCACUUCUGAAUUAAAAAGCACUCAAGAUGAGCUGAGAUAUAAAGAAGAGGAAGCGCACAAACUCAAGCAGGAGCUGCAGGCUUCAAAAGAUGCUUUGAUGGAGGUAGAGAAGAGGCUGGAAAACCAGGAGCUGGAGCUCAAGUCUUCACAAAAUGCAGCGAGUGACAUGGAAGAGCAAAUGAAGACCGCCACCCAAGAAUUUCAGGAGUCCCAAGCAACUGUCCGGCAGCAGGAGGCAGAGCUUGCAAGGCUGAGGGAGGUGCUCAGAAGGACAGAGAAGGAGCUGGAUGAAAGGGUGGCACACCUUGAACAAAGAUGUCUGUUUUCUGAGGAGGAGAGAAGUAUGCUCCCCGAUUAACGGAUUUGAUAUAUAUUCUUUUUCAUUGGAAAAAUAAGUUUAAGGUCGUUCAGUCUGUCAGUGACGUGUCUCUGAUGUUUUCUGCUUUGUUUUUAGGUAAGACUCAGGAGCAGGGUCUAAGGAGGGUGGAGGAGCUAAAGUCAGAGCUGAGCUCACUUAAAGAGGCUAAAAAAGAUGAGAGCAGCCGACUGAUUCAGCUUGAGCAAGAACACGCUGCUCUAACUCAGGAACUGACAAAAGAAAAGGUAGCGCAGAAGUUUGUCUGUCUUUUGUCAGAUUUUGUGUGAAGUCACUUCAGCUGUAACCCACUCCCUGAUGUUUUUACAGGCUCUCGUUGACUCCCUGACAGUGCUUGUGAAUCAGGAGCGGGAGGAGUCUGAGGAGCAAUUAAAACAGCUCAAGGAGGAAAUGGAGGAGGUGCUGGGGGAGCUUGCUGUCUUGGAGGAGCAAGAGGAGGGAAGUAAGGGGGCUCUACAGAGGCUGAAGCAGGAGAAAGAGGAGCUACUGAGACAGCUGAAUGAGACCCAGGCAAGGUCUGAGAGGUGAGCAGCCAACAAGAUUACUGAUGCUCUGUGUUAAAAGAAAAUAAAGGUAAAUAUAACAGAAAUGUUAAAGAAGCACUCUCUUCUUGGAAGUCAGUCAGUGCUGUUGAAAAUCACAGACAAAGCUGGAAAUCCGAAUGUCAUGAUUCACAUUAAGACAGUCACAAACUCUGCUGAAGAACAGUUGAACAUUUCAAGAAUGGUAUAUAUUGUUGCCAUAAAACCUGGAGAAACCGGUCCAAUCAUUUAUAAGUUGAUUUAAUUACUGUAACAGUGUCUACAGAAAAUAAAUCUCAUAGCUGAACAGAUCCAGAACACUGCAGCUAGAGUCUCCUCUCAGACGGAGAAAAUGGAUCACAUCUAUAGACUGUAUAUAGAAUGGACGCCAUCUGCCUCCUCGCUGUGUGAAGCCACUCCGAGAACAGCACCCUCUGUUGACGGGCUGCAGUAUAGGUCAUAAAUCCCGCCUCCUCCAGCAAAGCUAAUGGAGCUGUGGACAAACUUUAGAAAUUUAUUACACAGAACAUAAUUUUUUCUCCCCCCUGCUUGCGAUGUUGACAUGUAGUUACAGUAAGACUGGUUUGUGCUCAAGUCCUCAUUUUCUGUGAAGCUACGUUUUUAAAAGUUAUUAGGGGGUUCAUGUUUUCUAAGAUUGACACCUGAUACAGCCUAUGGGUGUUCAGGGAUUGCGUAGCUCUCCCGGGGGAUACGCUGUUUGAGGCGAGCGUCAUCACAGCGACUCUCGGCGACUGCGCGGCCGAAUGCGCACAACGCUACUGCGCGGCGCUGGUUUCAGGAAAUGAAGAAAAAUCCCGGAAAUACAGAGAUCUUUUUGGCUUCAAAUCUGUUGUCCAUAGUAUAUACAGUCUAUGAUCACAUCACUCCAGUUCUGAGGUCUCAGGGGUUACCUGUUUACCAGAGAAUAGAUUUUAAAAUACUGCUGCUGGUUUAUGAACCACUAAAUGGUUUAAGUGCAGUAUUAUGGCAUUGGCCAUCUUCUCACAUGUUGCAAACCAUCCAGACUACUCGAGUUAACUCAGAUAGAUUUGCUUUCUGUCCUUAUAGUAGAAACAAACCUAAACAUGGGGAGGUAGAGUAUGAUUUUCAUACCUUCUAUACUUCAGGUUGGUUUAUACUCUUAGUUCUUUUAAAGCCAAGUUGAAGAACACCAUUUAGCCGCUCACUGUCUGUAAUUAUUUCAACACCCAUUUUUGUUGCACAACUCUUCACUGUUUUCUAUUUAAAAACUGUUGUAUCACUUUUGUAUUUUAUGCUCUUUGCUUUGAGUUUUAAUGCUUUUCAGGUGUUUUCUUUGUCAUCUGAGAUAUUUAAUGUUUUUUUUUCUGAUAUGAUUUUUUUACUGUCUUACAUAAACUCCUUUGAAUUACUUUAUACCUGAUACUUGCCAUUAAAACUUUUCUCACCUAAAAGGAAUUGUGAAAGCGGUGCUCCGUUAAAGAACUUAUAUUGAUUUUGUAUUUGUACCACAGGGACACAUGUUUUAAAAAUGAGGUACUUGUGUUUUUUUCCCUCUAAGAUUAGAAAUCUAUCUAGGCUUAAAACAAAAAAGAAAAGCUACAUCAAAUAAAGCCGAAAUCUGAAGAUAUGAAUAACCUAUACAAGUAUAAUCAUUUGGUUUGGGACGGUCAAAUCAAGAAUCUCUCACCAUCACAUCUAAACUUUCUGCUUUGCUUUUUUAGUGAGAGCACGGAUGCAGCAGCUUUAGAAGAGGAACAUUUAACAGCAAAGAGGAGACUCCAAGAAGCACUCACAAACUCCCUGAGCAAGAUGGCGGACAUUGUAACAGAGCUGGAAAGGUCAGCUGGACUGAGGAUCUUUUAGUAUUUUUUGAUGUCAGUUUUAUUUGUGAUAGUUUGGUGGAAAAAUCUUCACCAACUGCUUUUCUUGUUUGUUUGGUUUUUUCAGCACUAAAGAUGCUCUGAAGAAAGCCGAGGCAAAACAGAAAGAACUGGAAGCCGAGGUGGACGGAGUGACUGACCAGAUGAAGGAGGAGAUGGCUAAAGUGGUUCAACAGAAAGACGAGGAGAUCAGCAGAGUGAAGGAGGGGUUGCAAGAGCAGCAGGAGACGCAGAGAGCUGAGGCAAAGGCCAGGGAGGAGAAUUCAAGGUAUACUUAAAAUUCACUUUGCAUCUGUGUUAGAAUAGCUGCAGCCUUUUCACCUUGUUGUAUUUCCUUUUUUCUUCACUUCUCAGACUCUUGCUGGAGGUACAGACUUCCCUUGCACAAAAAGAAGAGGAGAUGAAGGAAAUGAAGGCGAACCAUGCCGCUCUGGUCAGUGAUCUACAACAGCUGACAAAGGAGAGAGAGGAGGCAGUGGGGCAGCUUGAGAUCCAGAGAGGUCAGAGUGGGAAAGCCCAGGAACUGCUCGAGAGGGUCAGCCAGGAAAAAGAGGAAACAAUGAAACAGCUCCAACAAGAAAGAGAAGAGAAACUUAAAAUCGAGACAGCCCUUCAGGAGGACAGGGGGGCAUUGGAUGUUGAAAGGAAAAACCACGAACAGAUCAGGUCAGAGGUGCUCAGGCUACAGGCAGAGCUUUUAAAAGUAGACGAGGAAAGGGGGCAUCUUCUCUCUGAAGUAGAAGUCAAGGAACAGUCCAGACUCGCUCUUGAAAACCAGCUGAACAUGGCAGAACAGGACAGGAAUCGGCUUCAGUCUCGCCUUAAUGAGGUUGAACAAGGUGGCGUUAGCUUUCAGGCUCAAUUAGAGCUCAUGGGGGAGAAGACACAGUCUCUUCAGGGCGAGUUGGAACAACAACAACAUGACAGGCGGGCUCUGCAGGAGCAGGUAGAGGUGCUGACUCAGGAAAAGGUGACACUGCAGUGGGAGAUGGAGGAGCAGCGGCGGGAACUCCAGAAACAAAUCAGUGAAGCGCAGGAGCAAAGGUGAGCUUCACUGUAUUUUUAUUUAUUUAUUUUCUUCUUUUAAUUUGCAAAUAUUAAUCACUCCUUUUCUUAAGUUCCCAAAGUUCAGAGGCAGAGCACUGGAGGAGACAAUUUGAGGAGCUGUUUGCAAAAGUCAAGCCCUUCCAGGUAAGUCAUUCCUGAUGUUAAAAACACUCCAGUUUGUCCCUCAUCAAAGCUCAGAUACAGAGAAAACAGCAGUGAUAAAGACAGGUACUAAUCACCAGGCUUUGAAGCUGCUUUUUUGCUUCAUAGUGGAUUUUAGUUUCUGCUCAUUCAGGUAGUUUGACAAACCACAACUUCUUACUUGCAGCCUCAGACGGCAUCAAAAACAAUCAGGUCAUUCAUCUAAAAGCUAAACCGUCUCAAUGAUCAUGUGUCCACAGGAACAGCUCAAUGCAUUUGCAGCAGAGCGUAACGCACUCCUCAACGAAAACGGAGCCAACCAGGAAGAGUUAAACAAGUUGUCCGAUGCUUACGCGCGUCUGCUGGGCCACCAAAACCAGAAGCAGAAGAUCAAGCAUGUGAUGAAGCUUAAAGAUGAGAACAUCUCCCUCAAACAGGUGAUAACGCUCAAUCAGGACUGUCAUUGUUUCAAAACUACUCUCAUAUUGCGCUUAAGCUAAAAGAGCUCUUGAUUUCUCUUUCUCUGUGUAUGCGCAGGAGUUGUCUAAGCUGAAGUCUCAGGUGAGCAGACAGAAAAUGGAUCUGGAGCACCUGAAGUCGAAACUUCCCGGAGCCCCUCGCCGCAGGUUUGAUCCCAGCAAAGCUUUCCAACACGAUAAGGAGAACAGGCCGACCGAAACUGAACCUGUUAAAGACGGUAAGUACUGAAAUGAUCUCUAGAAACUUGAAGAGGCGCAGAGCUGGAUUUUGAGCAGUUGCACAACUUUUAUUCAUGAAUUUCUUCUCAUCAGAUUGUUAUGCUGGAGAUGUUUGAGUGGAAGCCUAAUUCUGUGUUUGUUUUGUCAGGAAAUCAUUAUGCGUAAUGGAGAUCUUCUCCAGACAAGGACUCACAUCUAAUUGGCUACCAAAAAGAAUUUUUAUGGCGUGGUCUUCUGAAUACUUAUCAACAUUGUACUUCUGAUCUUUUAUCUGCAUUUCUACUGGACCAUAAGGUCCUUUUUUUCGCUCAGCAGGGUGUACAAGGUUCAACACUAUCAUGAGGUUAAAAAUAAAUAUUCGGAGUAGUGUUGUGUUCUUAAAGGUUUGUGAAAAUAAUGAAGACAUAAGCAACUGCAAGUCUUAAAUCCACAAAUCCAGAGUAAGUGUAGUCAGCAUUACAAUGUGAUGCUUUUUAGUGCUAAUUGUGUGUUUAAAUUUGACCUUUGUAACUGUCUUCCAUUGUAACACUCUCAUGUAUUCUUUCGUCUCUGUAAAUAAAGACAGAUUUUUUUGGUUUGAUCCUCUUGGCCAUAUCUGUCCUCAGCCAGUAGGGUGCACUCUAAGACUGUGACUACACUCGUGCAAUUCUGAGCGCAGCAAAAGGCCACUUUUCAUCCCUCGCUUCAUACCAGCUGUAAAGAAGACAAUUUUGCAAAGAGGAGCCCGGGGUUAUGGGUCAGGAGGCUUUAUUUCCUUCAGUUGAUUAGACAUAGCCAACAACUGUUUGCUCAGAAAUGGACUUUUUUUACAUGCUUCCAGUGGUGCUAGUUCUGGAGUGAGGAGUCAGUCGCAGUAACCCUCCAGGUGGUAAACGCUGCACGGCUUAUGACAGCACUGCUCCACGAUGCCUCUCUUCACCUUGGGCUCGUCACCAGCCUUCAUCAGCCACUGCUCCUGUCUGGUCCUUUUAGACAAGAACCCUGUAAAGAACAGAAAGUUCCCAAAGCCAUGUGUUAAGUAUUGCCUCAUCUGUUCAGACCUCCAGUUUAUUAAGCAACCAUUUAUACUGUGGCACUUUAAUGCAGACUUAAUGGUUAGAUAAUCUUAUCUGUUCACUCUGUUUAGCCCUUUUACUUUCUACUUAGGGAGGCGAUAUGGCAGCGCUCCAGCAGAGGCGUAUCAGAGCUUACACUUUUGAAGUUAACUUCAAAACAUCAAUAGGCUGUUUGAGGUGGAAAAUCCUAAUAAUGUGUUUUUGGAAUGACGAAAUGGGGUAUUUAGGGGGUUUCACAAGAUUCGUGAUCACUGGAUUUGUCACAUCAUAGAUGAGAAAGGAAAAGUGGGACAACAAACGCCCAGCCACACUAUUGGAUUUAAAAGGCUAGGAUCAGUUUUUCACACUAAUGAUUGGACGGACACAUACAUAGGUUUGUCUGCAAGAGGUUUUCCAGUAUUUUGUAUGUAAACAUGUUUUUUUUUCCAGCUAGGAUCUAAAUUGGCAUUCUCAUUAUACUGAGUUUAAACUUUGAACAUUGUGGGCAGAAACACAAAGCAAGCCCAGGGACUUGGGGCAAUGUCACGCUGUUCCUUUCUGAACUCCCACUACCGAGGGGACAAUUAUAACUUAUUUUGCACAAGUCAAACCAGAGAAGUCAAACUGUUCCCAGUGUCCGUACGGCCUUACCCAGCAGAUGAUUUAGAUCCCGCUUGAAGCGACGGUUUCGACUGUAGAAAAAGCCCCGCUCGCCGCAAACGAAGUAGAGGGCAUCCACCAGGUGGGAGCCACACAGAUGCUGGGUGGGGGCUGUGGACACCCUGGGAGGGUGGAGCACCAGUAGUAACAGCAUAGACACUGCCCACGGUACCCUGGCCAUAGGAGGGGGGACCUCUUAAAUGGAGCACAAAAAGAAAAAUGGUUCAUUUCUGAUAAAACUUUUAUUGUACUUGGUUUCAAACACAAACACUCAGACUGAACCCACCCAUCAAUUCUUAAUACCUCGGGGCCAGAUGCUUGAAAGCUGGAGGAUGACGUGGUGUUCAAAUUUGAUCAGACCUUACUUGACAACACAUGGGUGUUACAAGACCACUUUCUUCUAAUAACUUUUGAUACAGAUAUAUUGUGAUGUUCUUGCUCUGAUCGCCUUGGGCCUUGUGCUUAUAGUUUCUCAGAGAAAACACUAAAGAGAAUGGCAAUACCCAUACUCAUGAUACAGCCCUAAAGUGUAGAGAAGACCGAGAAAUCUGCUCAGUCACGGCAAAUCAAAGGCAGAGAUGAAAAGAUGUAAUAUCUUGAGAAAAAUCUGUUUGACUGAAAUCUGUCUAAUCUUUGAAAUGAGUUUAUACAAAGGCAUACACAGCCAGAGACAAUAAUGAGUAAUGAGAUGAAAAUGUUCAUCUUGAUGACCUAGGUCAGUGAUUCCCAAACUGGGAGCACAGCGAGGUUUUACAAAAACAAGCCUGACAGCUCUGCGCUGCUUCCAAUUUUUGAAAGAACUGGUGAAUGCAAGGCUGACACAGAUCUAGAUAAACACAUACAGAGUCAAGAGUUACAGUAAACUCUAUCUCACCCUGUGCAUGAUGAUGAGAAGGUGGAGCUUAAACAUAUCUUUAUCUAUUUAAGGGGGUGUGCAAGAAAAGUUUAGGAACUCUGUGGUCUGCAGGCUGCCCCUUAAGAAAGAAUGCCUCUAAACUCCCGCAAGAAUGGAGUUUUUUAAGUUAAGGCCGGCCCCUGUUUUGGAGUUGGAUGUUUUAUUGUUUGUAACAAACAGCAUUUUAGAGAUCAGCCAUCCCAAGGUUAUGUUUAAUGUUACUCCUUUACUGCCCCGAUUGAAGCAAAUUGAAAAUUGAUUUCACUCUGAUCCCUUUUGCUUUACUUCCAUCCCCAAGAGAGCCUCAUUUUAUCACAGCGCCAUCUAAACCAUCUUUUACAAGUUAGAAAGAAUGCGCAUGUUCCCAAAUCAUCAUCAUUGAUGCUAUCAGUGUAUCCUCAAGGUCAGUCCUCAUCAGGCUGUCAAGUUUAGUGGCUCCAGCACUCCAAAACUGAAAUUCUUUCGUGUUAUUAGUUAAAUUCCAUUUUUGAUUGAUUCUGUCCCAGGGCAGAAAUUCGACUCUAAUUUCAAGGUGAAAAACAUAUUUAGCAGUCAUUUAGAAACUAUAUAGAGCUUUUGUAGACAUCUUAUAGUGAACUGCAGAUUAUUAGAUUGAGUAUGAAUCAUUUUAACAGUGCCUUUAACAAUGCACCUGUGCCAGGCAUUACAACAUUGGCAGAGCACUCUAUCCAGCCCACCACUUCUCUAUCCCUCUUGGCUGUGUGCCAGGCUUCUUGGCAAGGUGGAUGGGCUGAAAUAUAGAUCCUGCUCAUGCUGCUCUUUACUUUGAUUCCUGGUUAUUAUACACAUAAAUUUAAAAAGUUCAAAUCUGGAUGGAAUACAGAGAAACUUGCUUACCUGUGUGUGAGGCCUCAGUGCAGCAGACUGGUUGUCACAGAUGAGAGGGGCCUUGGCCUUAAGUAUUACACAGCUACAGAGAACAUCUCCACUUGGCUAGCUUUCCCUCUUUGAAACUCCUUCCCUCCACCUGGCCUUUGUCAGCCUCAGCGGAGAACACCGUGGUCCUCUCAUUAACGCACCCUGACCUGUAAGCCAGUUUAUCCGCUCAUGAGUGGCACUAAGUCAGUUAACUAUGUGUGUACCAACAGCAGAGUUGAGAUAGAGUUGAAGAGGCCGUCACCCAGUGUGAUACUCAAUUCAACCCCCGCUGUGUGAGGGCCUGUCUGACACAGUUUACACACUGAUGGACAAACACCAUAUGUCACGUACUGGCAACUUACUGUAGAUUAGAGAGCUUCUGCCUUGUUAGUGACCACUAUCGGUGUGUGUAGUACAGAACUGUGUGCACCGGCUGUGACUCAUUAGGAAAAAGUUCAUUCUUACCCUUGUCACACAAAUCAGGGGAAAAACUCUGGAUUUAAAAAUGCAAAAUAGCAAAUUGACAUAAUCAAACAUACAUUUGAACUAUUUAACCCAGUGAGCUGCAAUGUCCAGACACUACAAAAUGCUGGAAAAUGUCAUCCCAAAAGGAGAUGUGCAGAGCAACCAAGCAGCAGUACAACAACAUUUAUGUGACUCAUUGUUGUAGUGAUACGUUCUCAGGUCAAACAUCUAAUCAGAUGCACUUUGCAGCGAAGAUUCAGAUAUUUCAUUAGGCUCUGUGAGUGGCUGGUUGAUUCAGGACUCCUGAGCGAUUGUCCAGGUCUCGCAGGUGCAACGCUCAUGCCGUUGACUCUGGUUCAGGAGUGCCUUGACAGGAGAAACGCGACACUUGUCAUCCAUUGUGUGAAGUGGCUCUUAACGUUGUGUCUCCAGCCUCAGUCCACUCCUUGUGAAGCUCCCCUCAGUUUUUGAAUCUGCUUUGUUUUGACCAUCCUCUGAAGGCGGCGACCAUCCCUGUUGUCUGGUCACCUUUUCCACCCACUCUUUCCAUCUGUCUAUUAAUGUUUUUUGAUCCAGCCCUCUGAGAGCAGCCAGCAUGUUCAGCAAUAACCUUCUGUGGCUGACUUUCCUAGUAGAGGAUGCCACCAAUUGUCUUCUUGUUUAGUGUCAGGUCAGCAGUCCUCCUAAUGAUUGAGGUUGUGUGCAUUGAACCAGAGUUAGAGAAUAAAGGCUGAGUAAACCUUUGCAGGUGUUCAGAGUUAAUCAGCUGAUUAGAUCAAUAGUUUAAACAGUUAAUGCAAAAUAAAACAGUGCUUCAUGUUUAAGCCCUAUUUUAAAACAUAUGAACAAGACAAAUCAGCACCGCACUCUGCAUUAGUUUGUGACAAGGUUAUAUUUUAUCCAUAAGUUGCAUCUAUACACCGCACAAGUCUCUCAUAGUUGUACUGUACACAACCACAACUGACAG